AUGGAUAUUAUGGCACAUUGCAAGAAUAUGAAAAAAGAUAAACAAUGCAUGAUCCAGUACUACCACAAGUUUUUGUUGAAUAGGUAUGGCGAGAAAGCAGAAAAUGUGUCGGUUGUAGAGGAUUGGUUUUGUCCUAAGUGCAUAGGCAAUUGUAACUGCAACUUUUGCAUGAAGAAAAUGGGGCACAAACCUGUUGGUAUACUCGUGCACACCGCUAAGUCAAUUGGUUUUUCUUCUGUUUCGGAGAUGCUUCUAGUCAGAGGUUCUGAUUAUCAGUCAGGAAAGGAACUUCCACUUUCCAUACAAGAGAAACAAGAAAAGAAUAUUGUAAGUGAAGAUUUGGGUUUGAAGGCGAAAAAGGAUGUUGCCCAAGAGAAAAAUAUUCGUAGAAAAACUAAAAAAAGAUCAAAUUUGAAAAUUGUUAAAUCGAUUGAACUACAACCCGAAGAUGUGGGUCAUGCAUUGCAAUUCUUAGAGUUUUGCACUACUUUUGGAGAGGAGAAACAACUGAAACAGCAGAUGAAGUACAAGUUGACUCAAGCUAACAAUUCAAAAAAUAACAUUCCACUUUCCGAGCAUGAAGUCAUAGUAUCAAAAUAUAAGAUGCAGGUAGCCGAAGCUCAUGAUGAGAUGCUGCAGUCAAAAGGAUGCUGUGCACGGAAAAACAACACUGCAAGGCUAGUAGGACCAAGCCCAUUCUGGUAGACAAGGAAUGCCACUCAUUUUGGAGAUUGAAGGGUUUUGAUGAUGAGUUUAAUGUUUUACGUCAAGGUAUACUUUACAUUUUUCUUUACCACUCAAUUACAUAAUAGUUCAAUUUUGAGCUUAAUUAUGA